GGAACAGGAUUGUAGGUCGAGUAGAGGUGUCAGUCAGAGGUAGGACGGAAGGCUCCUGUUCGGCUGCUUAGCAACGGAGACGCUGUGGAGCACGCGUCCUAGCCUCUUAUCAGCGCAGAGAGUGGCGAGCGGCAACGCUCGUCGCUGUCGCUCGUCGAACGUCAUGGGCAGACGCAGAGGCCGUACUGCAGCUCAAGCCAAGACAAAGCAGAAGACACAGCAGAGCGCGGGAGCAGAGAGCGAAUGGCUGCCUAAAGCGUACCGUGCAGAUCCCACCGAGCCAGAAGUCAUGCCGUCCGCAGGCUCGUAUUUUGACAAGUACGACAUGUCCAACGAGCCUCGUCAGGUGCCGCUUCGCUGCGGAAGAGACCGACAGGACUAUCGAGGCGAGCGCGGCAAGAUCUACGUCUGUCAUCAGAAAGUGGACGUAGACUCGGAGACCGAAGUCGACGACGACGGAUCAAGCAGCUCGUACGCGUACCGAGAGGAAGCCUUGGCAAUGCCGAACGAAUCAGUCGACGAGCUCGAUGCUGGCGGCUACGAGUGCGUCAUCGGAUCCGUCAAAGCCAUGUCGGGGGCCAAAUCGCGCCAUGAUGCCGAGGUUUACUCAGCGGAAGAAGCAAGACGUGAUGGCAAAGGCCAGCGGGAAACCUGCACUCGAGGCAGGCAACAAGAUCGAGCCAAGGCCUUUGCCCGACGCUACCCUGGUCUCGAUGACAGCCGAUUUGCCGAACUCGCAGACGAGCCAGCGAUGAGCGAGACUGACAGUGAAGAAGGAUACGAAGAGGGCGAAGCAGGCCUUUGGGAAGUCGAGGCAAAGGCGCAGCACGACAUCUCUCCAGGCAUGUACGAGCAGAGACGAGAGCGCAAGCCAGAAUAGGCGCAGAAUCACGCAGAUGCGCUGCCGAAUGAUGCAAGUAUGCGUCGAAGCAUCCACAAGCCCACAAGAGCACGCGAGCAAGAGCAUAAGACGACGAAAGAGCAAUGCAGUGUUGUCGGAUUGAAC